AUGUAUUAUUCGGUCAACGAGCGAUUGAUAUUGAUACUAACGAUGGCUCUACUUUGGAGCGUAUUGGAUGCGGCUAGAUUAGUACGUAUACGCCGCAUACGCCGCUUGGUGGGUGCCAGCGAUCGUGAUGCCCAAAUAACAGACUAUCGCGUCUCACCGCUGGACGAUGAGGGUGUCUUUAAGUUUGCCUUUAAAACAAGCAAUGGCAUCGAUGUACAAGCAGCUGGCAAUGCAUUGGAAACAAUUGGCAUAUUUAGUUAUGAAUCACCCGAAGGAAUACCCAUCGAGACACGCUACAUAGCCGAUGAAUUGGGCUUCCAUGUGGUGGGCAGACAUUUGCCACAGCCGCCACCGACACCAGAUUAUAUAUUACGAUCAUUGGAAUAUAUACGCACACAUACCCAGGAUGGCAAACUGAAGCCAAAUGUGUUUUAA